AUGGUCCCCACCAGAAGCCGACCUGGCGACGAAGAAGAGGAAGAACUCGAGCUCCCCGAGGACGACGACGAAGAAGAAGAGGAAUAUGAAGACGACGAUGACGAGGAUGACGAGGACGGAGAUGAAGAGGAAGAGGAAGAUGAAGACGUAGAGGGCGAAGAGGAGGAGGAAGAACAAGCUCCUCCUCCCAAAAAGCGAAAGGCUGAAGCCGAACCCGCUGAACCCGCACCCAAGAAAUCCAAGCCUACCGCCCAGGAAGAGGAAGAGGAGGAGGAGGAGGAGGAGGAUGAGGAGAACGGCGAGGAUGCGCCCGAAGACGACGCUGACGAGCCAGAACAAGAAGAGGAUGAGCCCGCGGUCAAAACCAAAGCUAUUUCGGGCUCCGAGACCAAACAAGCUGCGGCCACUGCCACUGCCGAAAAUGAGGAGCUCGACGACGAAGAAUAG